UCAAUUAUCACCUCUCUUAUCUCUCUCUCUCUAUAUUUGUUUCACAUCUCUCUCUCUCUCUCUCUCUGAUAUCUGUGUUUAUUUUAUGGACAAAGGAUGGUGUCUAACCCUUGAUACUUCUUCUUCUUCCUCUCCUUUCUUUCCUUCCAAACAGCCACCUACCACUUCUUUGAAUCCUUUCUCCAAUCUCACCCAGGAUAGGAUGUUCCCCCUCUUGGGAUUCCCGGUUAACCUUAGCCGUGCCGCCAACAGGGAAGAUGAUCACACCACUGAUGACAACCGGAAGGUGGUUGGUGAAGUUGACUUCUUCUCUGACAGAAACAAGCCAUCACCUCCAGCUAUCCACGACCAUGAUAAUAUUAAUCAUCAACAUGUUAAACCCAACAUCACAAGUACCUCUGUCAAGAAGGAGAUUCCUUCCGAUGAAAAAUUUCCAAACUCUAAUCUCCACAUAAAUACUGGGUUACAACUCCUUACUGCUAACGCUGGGAGUGAUCAAUCUACGGUGGAUGAUGGGGUUUCAUCAGAUGCUGAAGAUAAGCGAACCAAGACCACUGAGCUUGCACAGUUGCAAGUGGAGCUUCAACGCAUGAAUGCUGAGAACAAGAAGCUGAAAGAGAUGCUCAACCAUGUGAGCGGUAACUACACGGCCUUGCAGAUGCAUCUCGUGUCAUUAAUGCAACAGCAACAGCAACAGAACCAGCGUACAGAGAGCACAGAAAAUGAGGUUGUUCAGGCAAAAGCUGAGGAGAAAAAACCCGGUGUUGGUGGAGGAAAGGUACCAAGACAAUUCCUAGAUAUAGGUCCCAGUGGUACAGCAGAGGUAGAUGAACAAGUUUCCAAUUCUUCUUCCGAUGAAAGAACACGAUCGAGCACACCUCAGAACAAUAACAUUGAUGUUGGAACAAGGGAUUACGUGAGAAAUAAUAAUGGUAAAAAUGAGCUGGGUAGGGAAGAGAGUCCAGACUCAGAAUCACAAGGGUGGGCUUCCAAUAAGCUUCAGAAAUUGAACCCCUCCAAUCCUAUGGAUCAAUCCACAACAGAAGCCACAAUGAGAAAAGCUCGUGUCUCAGUUCGUGCACGAUCAGAAGCUCCCAUGAUCAGCGAUGGAUGCCAAUGGAGAAAAUAUGGACAAAAAAUGGCUAAGGGAAAUCCAUGUCCUAGAGCAUAUUAUAGAUGCACUAUGGCAGUUGGUUGCCCAGUUCGCAAACAAGUUCAACGUUGUGCGGAGGACAGAACCAUUUUGGUAACAACAUAUGAAGGUACACAUAACCAUCCACUGCUACCUGCUGCUAUGGCCAUGGCAUCGACCACAGCAGCUGCUGCUAGCAUGUUACUGUCAGGUUCAAUGUCCAGUGCAGAUGGUAUAAUGAACCCCAAUUUGCUAGCAAGAGCUAUUCUUCCAUGUUCUUCUAGCAUGGCAACACUUUCAGCUUCAGCACCAUUCCCCACUGUCACAUUGGACCUCACCCACAAUGCAAACCCAUUACAAUUCCAAAGACCUCCUACCCCAUUUCAAGUACCCUUUCAAGGGCAGCCUCAGAAUUUUGGGUCAGGAGCCACCCCACUUGCACAAGCGCUUUACAACCAAUCCAAAUUCUCUGGUCUUCAAUUGUCUCAGGAAGUGGGGUCUUCCCAAUUUGCCCCACAACCUCCAAGACCACCGUUACAUCCAAGCCAACAGCCCUCGCUUGUUGACUCAGUCAGCGCCGCCACCGCAGCCAUCACCUCUGAUCCAAACUUCACGGCUGUGCUCGCUGCUGCUAUCUCCUCCAUCAUUGGUGGUACUCAUGCAAACAACAACGGCCACAACAACGACAACAAUAACAACAGGACUACUGUUAGCAGCUUUUCAGGAAACUAAAAACUUUUCUUCUUUGGUUCUUUUUUUCUUUGGAUAAUAUUAUUCGUUCUUUUUUUUGUUUUUUGUUUUGUACAUCAUGGGUAUAAGGGAAAAUGAAAUCAUAAAAUGUUCAUAUUCUUUGAGGGAUUAGAUCAGGAAAUGCUUCAUUUUUUCUUUAUGCUUUUCACUUUGAAUAAUUUGGAUAUUUAUUCAAAAAUAUCCGAGUAAAUAGG